GUCAUCUCAUCGUGCGGGAAAACCUUCGUUGGCUAUUUCGCGCCCUUCUCUACGAAGCUUUCCAAAACCACUCAAUCCAAGGACUGUGAAUGGCGGAUGGCGAAAUGACGAGCAUGAACCCCCCCUGCAAAUGACCGCAACGACCGCAAAAGACCGGCAACGGCCUUGCAGCUUGUUUCUCCAUAUCGAGAGGGACGGACCUCCCGCCCCCUGGCCCCUGUUGCCUCCCGGCCAUGGUUGCAUUGAACCCCAUCGGCACUUCCACCCUCUUGGGCCAUCGCUCGUCGGCACUGCGGUCCACGUGCAGAGUGCGAGCUCAAGCAGAUGAUCGUUCUGGCUUGCGGGGAGGGAUGCUUUUUUGGCAGGUCGAAUAAAGCUAACAACUGACAGACAAGAGCAGAGUAUAUUUCGGACGUACAGCGACUCUCCGCCCUCUUUUCGGUUGUUCCGCGACACGUUUCACUGAUUCAGGGCCGCAUCUGCACGCCUGGCGGCCAUUGGGUGCUGAGACGGGGAUGGGAUGGCAUGUUUGAUAUUAGAGUCGACGAUCAUUUCCGCCCGCCUGCAGCCUGUCAAUGAUACCACCGGCGGGCGGGCAGGAAACCCCUUUGGUCCAGCUUGCUCGGUUUCCAAUGGCACGUGUUAGGACCGGUUCGGGGAUGAGGUUGUGAAUGGGACGGAGGAGGAACCGAGUUGGAUGAAUCAUGAGGACGACACAAGGGCCGUCCGUGAUAAUUGAUCCCUGACGGAUCGACGUGCUUGCCAACAGACAGAGUACUUAAAAGUCGCUACGUCCCGCGCUCAUCUCUACUGGGAAGAGGAGAAGGAGGAAGACUGACAAGAAUUGAUCUUCGUACGCCUUCACACUCCCUUCCCACCCUUCCCCCCCACCCACGCGUCGACCACCCUCCUCGUCCCUUGCAAUGCGCGCCGACGCCACCUUCGCCCUGCUCGCUCAGGUCCUCGCCGUCCAGGGCGUGCGCAUCAUACAGUCCAACGACGAUGGCUGGGCCGACCUGUAUCUCCGCUCCUUCAAUGACGCGCUGAGGACUUCGGGCCAUGACGUGCUCCUCUCCGCCCCGGCCGAGAGCAAGUCCGCCACCAGUCAGUCCCUCCGCCAGGCCGCCGCCGCCGCCUUCCUCUCUAUGCAUGCUCACCGACUGACUAACCUUUUGCCCUCAGGCUCCCUCGACAUCGAACCCAGCCCGCGUGACAGCCCCUGCCAGUACAACAGCUGCCCCGCCAACAGCGGCCCCGUCGGCUUCAACGAGACCCGCAAGGACCUCCGCUGGGUCAACUCGUUCCCCGUCACCUCGAUGCGCUACGGCAUCGAGCAGUUCGCCCCGGAGCACUGGGACGGCGCCGCCCCCGAGCUCGCCGUCUCCGGCCCCAACGUCGGCCCCAACCUCUGGCUGCAGGUCCCCUUCUCCAGCACCAUCGGCACCGCCGUCUACGCCUCCGGCACCAAGGGCAUCCCCGCCAUCGCCUUCUCGGGUUUCUCCAUGGGCGCCCUCGCCUGGAACACGAGCCCCGUGCCCACGCGCAGCUCCGUCUACGCCGAGCUCGCGACGCGCCUCGUCGACAAGAUCGUCGGCGGCGGCGCGCCCUACCUCCCCGCCAAGACCUGGCUCAACGUCAACUUCCCCCGGGUCACCGACACGGAGUGCAACGACCCGGACCAGUUCAAGUGGGUGCUCAGCCGCAUCAACCCGGGCCUCCUUUCGGACCCGGACGUCGCCACCUGCGGCUCCGACGACAGGCUGCCCGAGGAGACCAAGGUCGUCCUCACCGCCGGGUGCUACAUCUCCAUCAGCGUCGGCAACUCCGACGACAAGACGACGGCGUCCAAGGAGAAGCAGCAGCCGGUGUUGGACAGGCUCCGCGACUUCCUGUCCUGCCUGCCGUAGAGGAGAGGUGUGUGCGAUGGGCAGGGUUUAACUAACUGUGAGAGACGACGAACAAGUCAAACAACCCAGGGUCGGGUUGCAGGGUGGUUUUGCUCUUGUUUGGCAUCCGAUGUUUGGUGCUCCACUCUUCAACAACACGAUCUCUUUAGGCUUACAUGGAUCAGCAACACACAACACGUGUGCUGCAAACAACAAACUUAGAUACAAGAUUAAAGUUACAGUAUUUACUCCUAACUAUGCGCCAAAGGAGCACUUACAGGUAUCCUC